AUGAUACAAGCAGAGAGGAAAAACUGGGUGGACAUCGACGUAGAAGAUGAAGAGUCGCAGAAUGAAAAUGAAAACAAACAGAAAUGGGAAGACAUAGACGCAGAGGACGACCUGGAAAGUAACAAGAAGUUGUCCUACUUUACCAAUUACGAAAAUGGGAUCAAGGUCGUCACGAAGUAUUCGGAGAAUCUGAAGAAGCAAACGGUGAAGGUUACCAAGAAAAUAAAAGAAGUGGUGAUCAAAAAAAAACUAAACAAGGAAAUCAACAACAGACUCAACUUGAAGAACUUUAACAUCGACACCUGUAGCUCCGUCAUUGUCGAACCGACAGAUGUUGUAAACAUUGAAGUACCCAAGAACAACCUCCUCGAUUUCCUCAAGGGAACAGAGUACGACUACCUGUUUACGGAGCAGGCCGACAAGACUGCGAAGGACUUGAAGAACAGAUUUAAAAUAUUUAAGGAUGAAGAUGUGGAGGAAGUUAAACCGGAGGAUCCCAACAAAUUGGGCGCCAAGAGAGAAAUGCUAUUCUAUCGAUCACAUGAGACCCAAAACAAGGAGUGCACUGUUCGUGUGACAAACUUAAGCGAAGAAGUCAACGAAAGCGAGCUGUCCAACCUCUUUGGACGCGUUGGGCAAAUAUCCAGGAUGUUCCUGGCCAAGCAUAAGGAAACGCAAAAUUCGAAGGGAUUUGCCUUCAUCACUUAUUCCAAUAGGGAAGAAGCAAAGAGGGCCAUCGAGAAGUUGAACAGGCACGGAUUUGAAAACCUGUUGCUAAGCGUGGAAUGGGCCAAGCCGUCCAACCGAUGA